GAAAAUUUAAAAUCCAAUGACAAUUUCAUUUUUGUUCCUUAAAAAUCACCAAAAUCCUCAAAAAAGUAUAAAGAUAUAAAGUACUGCGUGUGUUGGCGGCUCUGAGUGUUUUCUAACACGUUCACGAUGAUCCGCUCCUUCUUCAGGCCUCUCAUCUCCUACCUGAGGAAGUUUUACUACUACGACCCCGAAGAGGAGAUCAGCCCCUCCCUCAAGGACAGAGGACCAGAGUCCAGCCACCAGCAGGAGGUCCAACCAGGAGUCCAGCAGGAGGUCCAGAUAGAGGUCCAGCUGGAAGUGCAGCCAAGUAACCAGCCGGGGGUCCAGCAGGAGGUCCAGCAGGAGGUCCAGCAGGAGGUCCAACAGGAGGUCCAGCAGGAGGUCCAGUCUCAGACGUAGCACUGGAGACUCAGACUUCUUUUCUUUUCUUUGUUUUUUCCGGACACUCAAUCAGCUGACUGAUGGACAAAUAUUCAAACUGGACACACAGACUCUCAGCCAAUCAGCUCCCUUGCUCAGUCCUGUAUCGGGGCGGGUUUCAGAUGAUCCACCCUCCUCCGAGCGCUCUGAUUGGCUCUCUCCCACGUGGAGUUGACGGGGGAGGGACAGGGGAUGUGGAGACCCCGCCUCUCUCAUGAUGUCAUCAUUGAGCAGCUGGACUAACAAUGACAUCACUGUUAGCCAAGACGCUUAAAAAAAAAAACAAAGACCCUCGACGUGAGGAAACAUCCGUCACCUUUAGGAUCCUUUAACCCUUUCAGACCUGGAGUGACUUUUCCUUCACAAGAAUUUAACCCUUUGAAAUGUGAGCAAAAAAAAGGUUUGAUUUCUCUGAACAGCUCGAAAAAAGAAAUAAGCAACUUGGCAUGAAAGAUGAUAUGAGGAAACGACCUGAAAAUAAUUUUAUAAAGAGAAAGAAUCACUAGAAAAAUAUUACGAAAACUAUAAUUAAUA